CCACAGUCUUAAACUGAUUCCUUUCAAUGAAACGGUAAAACUUUAGAAAGUCCCCAACUUUAGAAGAAAGAACUUUCAUUGGCCCAAGGUCGCUACAGUUUCAAGAGUAAAAAGCAAAACUUGUGUCUGUAUAAUUUCAAAGAAGGGGAAAGAAAUCUAUGCUUUGUUGUUGCAUAAAGUGUGCUGGUUAUGGUGGGGAGACAUCCCAUUGUGGGGGAACUGGCUGCUGUGUGCUUGGCUUGGAUGGAGAGGAUUUGUGUUUGUGUGAUACCUGUAGGGCAAGGGGCAAGUGUGCAGUUAUUCACUGGGGGCUGGGCCGGGCGGUGGUUAAGGGGAAUCGUUGGGGGCUGGGCCGGGCGGUGGUUAAGGGGAAUCUUUGAGACAUUUCACAUUCACCAGCCGGCCCGAGAUGCUUAGGACACCUUGAGAUGUGUAAGAGAUGGUAACAAGCAUCAUGGUGGACUUGGAUCAAAAACACCUCCUACAAAAUUGGGGAGGUCGGCAGGUGUACAGGGGAAGUCAAAUGCACAAUGGGAGUUUUAAUUCCUCUUGGAGAGUUGGGUUAUGCUGUGUAACUGCUAAGAAUGCUAAUGAAGCCCGGAGAGAGCAAUCCAGCAGCCAGCUGGGGCUGACUUCUGACUUCCAGCCCAUGAAGAGAAUGAGCCUGGAACAGAGGCCAGGAUUUUCCCAGAAGAGAGGGUGGGUAGGAACCAGAUAUGGCCAGAUCAGGGCACUGACAGAAAGGAUGUUCAAACACCUCCGAAGAUGGUUUGUCACUCACAUAUUUGGGCGUUCCCGGCAACGGGCAAGGCUGGUCUCUAAAGAAGGAAGAUGUAACAUCGAGUUUGGCAAUGUGGAUGCACAGUCAAGGUUUAUAUUCUUUGUGGACAUCUGGACAACUGUGCUGGACCUGAAAUGGAGGUACAAAAUGACCGUGUUCAUCACAGCCUUCUUGGGGAGUUGGUUCCUCUUUGGUCUCCUGUGGUAUGUCGUAGCGUAUGUUCAUAAGGACCUCCCAGAGUUCUACCCGCCUGACAACCGCACUCCUUGUGUGGAGAACAUUAAUGGCAUGACUUCAGCCUUUCUGUUUUCUCUAGAGACUCAAGUGACCAUAGGUUACGGAUUCAGGUUUGUGACAGAACAGUGCGCCACUGCCAUUUUCCUGCUUAUCUUCCAAUCUAUUCUUGGAGUGAUCAUCAAUUCCUUCAUGUGUGGUGCCAUUUUAGCCAAGAUCUCUAGACCUAAAAAACGUGCUAAAACCAUUACGUUCAGCAAGAAUGCGGUGAUCAGCAAGCGUGGCGGGAAGCUCUGCCUCCUCAUCCGAGUGGCCAAUCUUAGGAAGAGCCUUCUGAUUGGCAGCCACAUAUAUGGCAAGCUUCUAAAGACAACCAUCACUCCUGAAGGCGAGACCAUCAUUUUGGAUCAGACCAACAUCAACUUUGUCGUCGACGCUGGCAAUGAAAAUUUGUUCUUCAUAUCCCCACUGACGAUCUACCACAUUAUUGACCACAACAGCCCUUUCUUCCACAUGGCAGCAGAAACUCUUUCCCAACAGGACUUUGAGCUGGUGGUCUUUUUAGAUGGCACAGUGGAAUCCACCAGUGCAACCUGCCAGGUCCGCACGUCAUACGUCCCAGAGGAGGUACUUUGGGGCUACCGUUUCGUUCCUAUUGUGUCCAAGACCAAGGAAGGGAAAUACCGAGUGGAUUUUCAUAACUUCGGUAAGACAGUGGAAGUGGAGACCCCUCACUGUGCCAUGUGCCUCUAUAAUGAGAAAGAUGCCAGGGCCAGGAUGAAGAGAGGCUAUGACAACCCUAACUUUGUCUUGUCAGAAGUUGAUGAAACGGACGACACCCAGAUGUAGCAGUGGCUUUUCCACCUACAAAAAGCCUCCCAAGGACCUAAGGGUUGACUGUGUUCAGAAGCAUCUGACGGGGGUCUGAAAGCAGGAUGAGAACAUGCGAAAUCUGCUAGCACAGUCACCCCUGAACCCCAGGGCUAUGGUUCUACAAGACACAUAGCUCUAUAAGGCUGCAUACGGUGCAUGCAUGUGAAUGAAACUGUGGAAGCCAAAGGGGCCCACUUGGAUUCUCACUAUGACUGUGUAAGUUCAUAUCGUGUUGAUGGAAACAAAGUCAUUCAAGGACAAAACUUAGGAGCUUUAGAAAGCUUCAGGAACUAGCCACAUUUCCUGUUUGAUUCUAUGGAUGAGAAAGAUGCCAUUUUUAUCUUAAAGUAGACUUCUAUCAAUGGAAAAUCUGCCCUCUGCGUUGGGAAGUGAGCCAGCCAAUCAGUGACAAUAAGAGACUGUCAUACAAAGAAUCAGUAAAGACUCUAACCUUCUCAAGCUCUGGUGUUUGAAGCCUUUGUCUGAGUCUGGGUCCAUGCUUCAGAAGGGGUAAGGUGACAUCCACUGACUGUACCUCUCUGAACACAAGGUACAGAAGAACAGGAAGCCCCAAUCAACUUCAUAAUCAACCCAGAUGCUGCAGCCCAUACAGAAUUUGGCCUGAAUGAUUUCCUGUGGAGCAUUAAAUGGAGGCCAAGUCCACUCUUUAGAUAUUAAAUGAAUAUUCUUUUGCAAAGGAGAAUGAGUUGAAAGUGUUGGAGAGACUGAAGGGAUGACUCUGUAAUGAAGGCCUGGGUCUGGACCGCCAGUAACCACAUACAAAGCCUGACUUAGUAGCAGUCAGUACUCCUACUGGGGAGGUGGAGAUAGGAGGAUGUCUCUGGUUUGCUGGGCAGCUGAAUGGGUGAUGCCCAAGUUCAAUGAGAGACUAAAGAGGGUGAAGGGGCUGGAGAGAAGAUUCUGGUUAAAAGUGCCGUGGCCGCUCUUCCAGAGAACCUAAGUUUGGUUCUUGGCACGGUACUUGAUAACUAUCUAUAACUCCAGUUUCAGGGCAUCUGAAUAUCUUUUCUGGCAUCCAUGAGCAUCAGGUGCACAGAUAUACAUGCAAGCAAAACACCGUACACAUACAAUUAAAAAAACAAGGUAGAGAAUGACUGAAGAAGAAUCUUACGUUAACUUCUGAUCUACACACACACACACACACACACACACACACACACACACACACACGGCAUAGUGAUGUUUGUUUCAAUAUUCAAUGGAUAGGUUCUGGGGCUACAGGUCUGGUAAAAGAGGUUUUAAUCCUUCCUCUUUCAAGAUGGUACCGAGGAAUGGGAAAGCAGUGAGCCUGGAAGAGGGUGUAGUGCUAACACACCCUCUUCUUGUGUCCUUGUGUUUCUCUGCCCGGUGGUUGAACUGAGAUUCUAGGUAUGGAGGAAGAAGGAAUAAGAUACAGAGUCACAGUCAGGGUGUUGCUGCUUUCUUGUCUCUGAGGGCCAUUCCUGUGUCUUCCAAAGGGAACAAGUUAGCAGGAGAACUUCUUUGGAGGAAGGUUCUAGUGUGAACGUCUUGUUUCUUCAUUUCCAUACCUGUAUCAUUCCAAAUUCACCUUGAAAAAAAAAGUAGAGUUCAAAGCUGCUCAAAGAUCAAAAUUUUUUUGGUAUGUGAUUAAUAAAUUUCUGAAACCGUA